GGCGUAGUGGUUGGUUGUUCGACUGCCCACCUCCCUCGGUUGGCUUUUCGGAGGUUGUCGGUCUGUCUUCUCCGGUAAACAAUUUGUUAGCAGUGUGUCCAUCUAGUAUUAUCAUUGUUAUUCGUCAUGGAUGAAGAGUACGACGCAAUUGUGCUAGGCACAGGCUUGAAAGAAUGUAUUCUGAGUGGGAUGUUGAGCGUGAGCGGCAAGAAGGUGCUGCACAUGGACCGGAACAAGUACUACGGUGGCGAGAGUGCCUCCAUUACGCCAUUGGAGGAGCUCUUCACCAAGUUUUCCUUGCCAGCUGCUCAGCUUGACGAGUAUGGCCGCUCGCGUGACUGGAAUAUUGACCUCAUACCAAAGUUCCUUAUGGCAAAUGGCCAGUUGGUCAAGCUGUUGAUUCACACUGGCGUGACGCGAUAUCUGGAGUUCAAGUCCGUCGAAGGGAGCUACGUCUACAAGGCCGGGAAGAUCUACAAGGUUCCCGCGGACGAAAAGGAAGCCCUUGGCUCUAGCUUAAUGGGCAUGUUUGAGAAGAGACGCUUCCGCAACUUCCUGGUGUUUGUGCAAGAAUACAGCUUUGAUGACCCACGAACGUGGAAGGACGCCGACCCCAACGUGGUAACAGCUCAGCAGCUGUACGAGAAGUUUGGACUCGAAAAGGACACUGCCGACUUUACUGGACACGCCCUGGCUUUGUACAGGGACGACGACUAUUUGACAAAGCCCUGUGCUGAGCUCAUCAAGAGAGUAAAACUCUACAGUGACUCACUAGCUCGGUACGGAAAGUCACCAUACCUGUACCCUCUCUAUGGCCUGGGUGAACUGCCUCAGGGCUUUGCACGACUCAGUGCCAUCUACGGAGGCACCUACAUGCUGGACAAGCCCAUCGACGAGAUUGUGAUGGAGAACGGCCGUGUGGUGGGGGUACGCUCCGGCGGUGAGACGGCGCGUUGCAAGCAGGUCUACUGUGAUCCUUCCUAUGUGCCCGGCCAAGUUGAGAAAGUAGGACAGGUGGUGCGUUGCAUAUGCCUGCUGGACCACCCAAUUCCAAACACAAAGGACUCUCUUUCCUGCCAGAUUAUCAUUCCACAGAAGCAGGUGAACCGAAAGUCAGACAUCUACGUUUCGUUGGUGUCGUACACACACCAAGUUGCAGCCAGAGGAUGGUUCAUUGCCAUGGUGAGCACUACAGUGGAGUCUGACAACCCCGAACUAGAAAUCAAGCCCGGCCUUGAGCUGCUGGGGACGAUUAAACAAAAGUUUGUAAGCGUGAGUGAUGUGUUCAGGCCCACUGAUCUGGGAAAAGACAGUCAGAUUUUCAUCUCCCAGUCGUACGACGCCACGACACACUUUGAGACGACCUGCCUCGACGUCCUGGACACCUUCCGCCGCGGCACAGGGGAGGACUUUGACUUCUCCAAGGUCAAACAUGACCUGGGUGACGAGCAGGAGUAACUGCAUCUUUUUUUUUUUUAAGUGAUCCCCCUAUUGUUUUUGUUCCCAGUCUACCUUAUGUUCCCUCUUCCUGGUCAACUUAGUAAAGCAAAAAAGCAAAAAAAAAGACACCAAGCCGAAGAGCAAACAGAACAGCAGACCAGCACAAACGCUUCGAAAAAUAGUGAAGAAAGAAAGGGCCCGUCGUCGUGCGCGUCGAUCGGGCCUCCCCACACUCUAAUGUGCUUUUGUUCAACCUAUCGCUGUGCUAAUGUCAACGUGCGAUCUGCGUCCCACUGCCUACAUUUUUUGUUUUUUAUUUAUUUUUAUUACGAACACUUCACUACUACUGCAAAAUGCCAAGGUGGAUGAGGCUGCAGCACGCCCGGUCUUUUCUUCUCAGAGAAGCGGUACUCUCAUUGCGAUGGGCUGCACACUGCAGAGUGCCUCGUUUAUUGCGGGUGGGAUGGGUUCGGAGGCUUUCUAAAUUAAAGAUUCAGAAAAAUAAAAUGGCAGUGUGGGUAGUGCAGUGUAGUUUUUUUUUUUUUUUUUGUGAAGGUGCAAGGAUUCCUUUUUCUUUUUUUUACACUCUUUUGAGAACGUCGAAUAUUUUUAAGUGUAUCUACAAGGAGUGACACAAUAGAUGGGGGUUAGUGAAGCACCGAGCAUUGCUUCUUGCUUCAUUCCUAGCUACAGGGGGGGUCGGGGUUUUGGGAUGGGUUGCGGGGAACCGAUCACCAAAGUAUGUGGAAGAGGUUGAUUGCUUUGUUUUUCCCUCUGGAAGAAAGUAAAAUUUAAUCACAUUCCUCCGUUAUGGCUAAAUGUGGCAGUAUUACCUAGUUUCGGACAAUGUACAUAUGAGCCCUCUCGUUGCAAAAAGAAAUGGCAUUCAGUUCACGAAACACCCGUACCAUUCGGCUAACGUUCCGCGGGUGACUCGUGCUGAGCGACAGUUUAGUUCCGAGUAGCUGACCUGUUUGGAUUAAAUUUUCCGAGCUCACGAUAUUUGUCAAAGUGUGAUAACCAGUGUUUCCUUUGAGGGCCGAAUGCAACAUGACAUACCUGUCAUUGUGGUUUUGUAUGUUGUGUAGAACACUAUCAGGGCUGCUUGGGGAUAUGCAAUUAUGCGCAAAUAAAGUAUGAAUAUCGGA